GAGGAGAAGGUGCUGUGCCGGAUCCACUACGACACCAUGAUUGAGAACCUCAAGCGAGCAGCAGAAAAUGGCAACGGGAUCACGCUGGAGGGGGCUGUGCCCUCGGAGCAGGACAGCCAGCCGAAACCGGCCAAGAGGGCCCGCACCUCCUUCACUGCUGAGCAGCUGCAGGUCAUGCAGGCACAGUUUGCUCAGGACAACAACCCCGACGCACAAACGCUUCAGAAGCUGGCGGACAUGACGGGGCUGAGCCGCAGAGUCAUUCAGGUUUGGUUUCAAAACUGCAGAGCCCGCCAUAAAAAACACACCCCGCAGCACACGGUGCCGCCCUCGGGAGCCCCCCAGCCCCGCAUCCCUUCUUCGCUCUCCGAUGACAUCCACUACUCACCCUUCAGCAGCCCGGACCGGGCCCGCAUGGUGACACUGCACGGAUACAUAGAAAGUCAGGUACAGUGUGGACAAGUGCAUGAUGCUCCACCAGUGCACCUCAAAGCAGACAUGGAAGGACCACUAUCUAAUAGGGGUGAGAAGGUCAUCCUCUUUCAGUACUGA